AUGGCGAAGACGAAUAUUAUUCUUAUACCUGAUUUAAUCGGUACUUGUCCAUUCAAAGUUGAAUGUAAUCCAGCAUAUGAAACAGUAUCAGAUGCAACAGAAGCUUGGAUUGACUCUUAUGGUAUUCCGUACAAAGAAACGACACACAAAUGUAAUCUCGCGACAGCAUUAUGCUUUCCGCAUUGUAGUCAAUCUAGGUUACGUGAAAUAUGUGAGCUAUGGGUAUUACUUAUACUGGGCGACGACAUUCAAGAUAGUGUUCCUAUUUCAGAAGAUGCUGAUCGAUCUAAACAACAAUUAUACAAGAAUAUGGUGGAAUCUUUGCAGCCAAGCGGUUUAUUCAAACCAUUAACACCAUUCGCUGCCGCUCUUCAUGAGUGGUGGCAGCGAAUUCUCAUCAAUAUUACACCUGGCUGUCAAGAACGUUUUCUCGUCAGCUUUCGAGCUGCUAUUAAAGCUACACUUCUCCAAUCUGCCAAUCAAAAGAAUCGUCGAACUGUUCCUGACUUAGAAACAUACAUUAAGUUUCGUCGAGAUGCAAGCUUUGCAUUUAUGGUGUUAAACUGUAUUGAGUACAGUCUCGAACUUGAUUCACUUGAUGAAUGCCUGGCAAAUGAUACCUUCAAAUGUCUUGUCGAUAUUGCAAAUGAUGCCAUUUCUUGGGCCAAUGAUAUUUAUUCAUUCAAUAAUGAACAAUCUCAAGGUGAUUAUAAUCUCGUCUCGGUGCUUAUGCAUGCUGAUCCAUCGCUGAAUAUUCAACAAGCUAUAGAUCGAGCUGGACAGAUGGUUAUCGAUCGUUACGCUGACUUCGAACGUGUUCAAAGUGAAUUAAUUUCAUGGGGUACCAAAAUUGAUACUCAAGUGGAAAAAUUUGUCAACGGUUUGGCUGCAUCAAUUAUUGGGACUAUUGUGUGGAGUUUCGGAACGCCUAGAUAUUUUGGAACCGAAAGAGAAGAAGUUAAGAGAACGAGACGUGUCACAUUGCUAGCACCUGAAGCAUCUAUGCAAGAAAAUCUCACUGAAGGGAUAAGUAAAAAAGCGGUAGAAAGAAACUAA